GACCCAUUUCGCAUCUGGGGAAUGCAUCACUGGGAGCACCGUUGUUGCUUUUAUUUUAUUUUAUUCUUUUUUUGCCAUUUACCUUCGCCUCUUUCUCUCUUUCCCCAGCGCCUCUCCUCUUCAUUUUGCUCCUGCUGCAUGCACGAGGACCCGCCUUCCUCGGCGCCUUCCUUCCUGUCAAAGAAUCCCGCCUCCCGGUAGUUUCUUCUCCUAAAUCCCCCCCUAAAGCAUAGAAACGGUUCUAGGCGUUAAAGACUACAACACCCGAGAUGCACCGCGGCACCCCAGCCGCGAGGCGGGAGGAAAGGAAAUUGCGGAAGCGGCUGUUUGUAGUUCGAAGCCGCAUAGGCCGCUGCUUGGAAACUUCUCUCGAGAACUACCAUUCCCAUGAGGCGCUGCGGCCAUUCGUAGCCCGUUCCCUUCUGUUUCCUGCCGCUUAGCGGAAGUGGCUGCUUGAGAAUAGCAACGGAGACGGUUGCUAACGUGAGAUGCGGAGAGGAGGUCGCCGAGGCUCUCCGCCAUGUCUGCCGCAGCCGAUGAAACCGCGGAGGACCAGCCAGUGAGGGAUGUAGGUCUCCGUCACCCUACAAAUGGAAUCCUCCAAGAGGCCUUCGUGGUCCAAAAUGCCAAAGCUCGGCAGGCCGUGUCUCGCAUCAGCCGAGAGGAGCUGGAAGACCGCUACCUUCGCUUGCACGAUGAGAAUCUCUUGCUGAAGCAACAUGCCCGUAAACAAGAGGAUAAAAUCAAAAGAAUGGCCACCAAGCUAAUCCGGCUGGUGAACGACAGAAAAAGAGCUGAGCAGAUCAGGGGCGGCCCCAAGCGGCUGGGCCAGGACGUGGAGAUGGAGGAAAUGAUCGAAGAGCUGCAGGAGAAAGUGCGGGACCUGGAGAGGCAAAAUGAUGGCCUCCGCAACAGGCUGAUUUCCACCAAGCAGCAGCUCCAGCUGCAGGGUCACCGGCAGGCACCCUACGGUUACAUCCAGGCCCGCAUCAACACCGGCCUCCGGAAGGCCAACGAGGGCGCCAGAGUCCAGGAGAAUGCCAAGAAAGGUAUGAGAUUGCAGGAUGUUGACAUCAGAUCUCUGAAAUCUCCGCAAGCCUUACCCCCCAGAUACGGACAAAGCCUACUAGACGAAGCAAGAGCAGAGAUAAGAAAUCUAGAGAACAUGGUUGAAUCACAAAGGGUCCGCAAUGAGGAGUUGGAGCAUGUGGUAGAAGCGCUUGGAAACGAAAUGAGGAAGAAGGAAGAGGAGUUUGAAGAAUCUCUCCUGCAACUGAAGGAGCAGCAAGCGACAGGUCAACGGUUAAACAUUCGGGAGAACGUCGAAAUGAUCAGACUCAACAAACAGUUGAUGGAGAAGAGCAGCGCAUUGGCUGCAGUGGAAGAAAAAUUGCUUCAGUUUCAGGAGAAUCAACGGAACCUCAAAGCAAGCCAUGAUGCUUUAAUGGCAAAUGGAGAUGAACUCAAUCUGCAGCUUAAAGAAGAACGUGCAAGAUGUCUCCACCUCGAGAAAGAACUGCAGGCCGUGACUUUUUCAAAGCGACGGUCAGAAGAGCUGCAAGAAAGAAUUAACGAUUUGGAAAAAGAGAGGGACCUUCUAAAGGAAAACUACGACAAGUUAUAUCAAAGCGCCUUCGGCGCGACUCACGACCAGCACUGGAAGCUGAAGGAGCAUCAGCUGAAACUGCAGAUCGCUCAGCUCGAGGCCGCCCUGAAGUCGGAUUUAGCUGACAAGAACGAGCUGCUGGACAAAAUAAAAGCGGAGAGAGACCAAAAUGAAAAGCUGGCGCAGGAGAACAGAGAUCUGCAGUUACACUAUCUGGAGCAGAAGCAGCAGCUGGACGAACUGAAAAACCGCAUGAAGUUUUUUGCCAAGGAGAGCGACGUUGAUGUGGCAGAACUCAGCGAGGCUCUCUUGCUUCUAAAGGCUCGGCGACAGCAAGCGAGUAGCAACCUCACGUUUCUAGAGCAGGUGGAUGAAGACAUUCACAAAGACUUAGAACGUUCCAUGCGGGAGCUCCAAGCAACUCACGCAGAAACCGUUCAAGAGCUCGAAAAGACCCGCAAUAUGUUAAUUGUACAGCAUAAAAUUAACAAAGACUAUCAAGUGGAGGUGGAAGCAGUAACACAGAAGAUGGAGGCGUUACAGCAAGAUUACGAGUUAAAACUGGAACAGUACGUCCGUCUCCUUGACGUUAGGGCAACACGCAUCCGUAAGUUGGAAGCCCAGCUGAAGGAUAUCGCUUAUGGGACCAGGCAGUACAAAUUCAGGCCAGAAAUCAUGCCAGAUGAUCCAGUCGAUGAAUUUGAUGAAACCACCCACUUGGAGCGGGGAGAGAACUUGCUAGAAAUCCACAUCGGCAAAGUGAUAUUUUCUGCAGAAGCCGUCAAGGCUUUCCGCGAUCAGGAACCUGCAACUUUCUGCACCUAUGCGUUCUACGAUUUUGAACUCCAGACAACACCAGUUGCCCGGGGCCUAAACCCAACCUACAAUUUCACUUCCCAGUAUCUUGUGCAGGUGGAUGACUUCUUUUUGCAAUACGUGCAGAAAAAUACCGCCACGCUUGAGGUUCACCACGCCUAUGGCGUGGACUUUGAAACGGUCGCUGCGUGCCAGCUGAGAUUCCACGAAAUAUUGGAGAAGAACGGCAGAAUCUACGGUUCGGCCAUUUUAGUCGGAGUUGGAGGAGACAUCCAGAACUACGGCUCUGUGGAAUACUGGGUCAGGUUAAGAGUCCCCAUGGACCAAGCCAUCAGGCUAUAUAAAGAGCGGGCAAAAGCUCUGGGAUACAUAACAACAAACCUAAAAGAUCAGGCAAUUCUCAGUCCUUCCCAAGUCAACACUUCAGCAGAUGGAAACUUAAACGAACUCCACAUCACAGUAAAAUGUUGCAGCAAUCUGCCGUGCCCGAAGAGCCAACUCCAACCGAGCCCUUACGUCGUCUAUAAGGUCUUUGAUUUCGCAGACCACGACACCGCCAUCAUUCCCAGCAGCAACUGCCCACAGUUCGCCGACCACGCGUGUUUCCCAGUGCCCAUGAACGCUGACCUCAACCGCUACCUGAAAUCCGAAUCCUUGAGCCUAUACGUCUUCGACGACAAUGAGGCGGAAGAGGGGGUUUAUAUCGGAAAAGCAAGUGUCCCCUUAAUCUCAUUGGCUCACGACAGAUACAUUUCAGGUACCUUCGAGCUAACAGAUUAUGAAGGCCAUUCCGCCGGCACCGUCAGCGUGGAACUGAAGUGGAAAUAUGCUUACCUCCCACCUGCCGGUUCUGUUGUGGCGGCGGAUUUGACCGAUUACAUCCUGAAUGAGAAACCAGUGAAGGGCCAAGGAGAACCUCCAAUCCUGACCCCUUCUUUCUCCUCGCCAGCAGUGAGGCCCCAACCAAAGCCAAGACAGCGGACAGCUCUGGUGGAUAAGAAAGUGUCUUUCGUAGACAUGGACACCCUGCUGGAUUCGAGCUCCAUUCCUGAGAAGGAAAACAAAGAGGUCAGGCAGAAGACCGAAGAUGAAAAGCUCGUUGUUUCAGACAUUCCGCAGAGUGCCUCUGAAACGCAAGUCGACAGCAGAGCAGGCAAAGCGGCGGCAGACAUACAAGAGGAAAGUGAGGAUCUUUCUCAGCUUUCCGAAGGUCAGUUUGGCGACCAGAGCUCAGCGACUUCUGGAGAAGAAACAGAAAUUACUGAGGAAUUGGAACCAGAAGAUCAAGACGAGACACACGGAACGGAUGCAGUUGAGUCUGUAACAGACAGUGAUGAGUGUGUCGUUCCGAGUCUGGAAUCCCUGAGUUUCAAGCAGACUGCUGAAAAAAUCCGGAUUGAAAUCAUAUCCCUCCGUCUCACAGAAUCCCCGAUCACAGCAGAUAGCACGAUACAGCGGCUCUUUGUGGAGUGCAAGUUCUCCAGUUUCCCAGCCGAUGAAACACCGGUGUCGCUUCCAAAACCCAGAAGCGGGCAGUGGAUCUCCUUCAAUUACAGCAACGUGAUCCGCGUGGAUGAGGCCCAUAACAAAGCCAGGCGAGAUUUCCUCAAGGCCGUGCUUCAAGGAUCCGAGCCAAGUCCUGGAAGCAUACGAUUCACAGUGGUAAGUGACCCUCCAGAAGAUGAACAGGAUCUUGAGUGCGAAGAUAUUGGUUUCACCUAUGUCAGCCUAAGUGAGCUGUUUCGGAAAGGAAAGGACUUAAUCGAACACGACGUCGAUGUUUUUGAUCUGCGAGAUGACGGGACAGUAAUCGGGAAGCUCAAAAUAACAGUGGAAGCCCUCCAAGCUCUGCGCUCAAUCCACGAGGAACUUUGAAAUUGGUGGAAGUCUGAAACACAAGUGCCUGAUCUUAUACGUUGCUGCUUCACCCAGGGUAAUCCACACUGGAGAGCUCGUGGGAAGAUGCUACAGGAUAUUUAAUGUAUAAUUUAUAUGUAAAGUGCAUAAUUUGCAUAAUUUUCAGUUGUAAAGUUUGUAUACUUUUUCAGUCUGUUUUGGCUUAGGAGUGAGUGUGAUAUGUGUGUGUGUGUGUGUGUAUGUAAAUAUAUAUAUAUUCUCCCCCAAGGGCACGAGCCCCCCCACAGUGGACACCAGCUUGUAAAUAAUUAAUACCUACAUGAUUGAAUGGUGUGCUUUUAUUUGCAUUUUCGACUUUUUUUUUUCCGCCUUACAUAAAACAGUAAUAAAAAUGCAAGUCAAAUUUUUAAUUUUUAAUAAAAAAAAAACCUUAAGCCUUAGAAAACUGAUUAAAAAUACUUUUAUGUUAUCCCUAAUCACCCCGCUAAAUGGAAUGCCCGCGAUUAGCCUCAUUAAGAAUUUUUAUACUGUGAAGCUUUUAUUAGAAGCAAUAUAUGAAAAUUACUUGGAUUAAUGUGUUAAUCUGCCUCUUUAAAAUGCUAAUAUCCAUUUUAUGCACAUUAAAUCUCAGUAUGCGUUUUCUUUGAUGCAUGCCGUUUCUAUCAAUUAAAUAUAAAGAACCAGGCUGGUCCCAAGCCUUAUUAAAUUACUGCAAGCUUUUAUGAA